AUAAUAGCAGAAAGUGAUGAAAUGGUCAUCUCGUCGACAGUCUCCGUGAAUGACACCAUUGAUGCGAGUGCUGAAGACACUGCCAUCGAUUACUUGAACAUCGGAUUCUAUGAUUACUAUAAGACAAAUGCCUUAACCGGGUAUUUGUCGCAUAAGACACACGCUUUUAAAGUAGACAACCUUUGGGUCAAUGUUAUUGUCUUUCGUGCCGAAGACUACGAGGCGUUUAAGACUUUACUGGUUCUCUUGAAUUCACAUAGAGUUCAGUGCAAUGAAGUGAUGGACCAAAUGGACUGGCAUUUACUGUCACAGCAAAUGCGAGACAAUAAUCACAUGAAGUAUACGCCAAAAAUGUGUACCGGCAUUGAUAAGUUGUCCGAACUUAAGAAUCGCAGGUAUAGUGAACCCACUGUUUGAUUCACUCCAUGGAUUUGAUAUGAAGUUCAUUAUUCCGGUCAACGAAUUAAAUGAAAUUCAAGAAUUACGCCAAAUGUUUGCACAGAAAGAUAAGCCGGGUUCUUUAACAUCUCACGAAUUUGCGAUAAACUAUUUGCAAAUUGAAUUGAAUUCAUACUUCAAAACAAACACCUGUUCCCUGCAUUUGGCGUACAAGACAUGCUCUGAAAAAGUGGACAACAUUUGGGUUAUUGUUAUAGUGUUUCGUGAGGGAGAGAUACGAGCCGUCAAUGAUUUGUUGCUAUUAUUACGCGAUCACACACUUAACUGUCAGAAACUAAUGAUUUCAC